AUGGGCGGAGCACCGGAGCCCGACCUCAACUCCUCCCUCUGGCUCCACCCUCGCGUCAACGCCUCCUCCCGGCCUCCGGGCGGCGCGUCUCCGUACGGCGCGGCUCAGCCGGCCCUCGCCGCCGCCGCCGCCGCCCUCAGCGCCGCCACGGUGCUCGGCAACGCGCUGGUCCUCCUGUCCGUCGGGGUGAACCGCCGCCUGCGGACCGUCAACAACUACUUCCUGUUGAGCCUGGCGGUGGCCGACCUGGCGGUGGGCCUGCUGUCCGUCAACCUGUACGCGCUCUACCUGCUGCGCGGCCGCUGGCCCCUGGGGGCCGCCGCCUGCGACGCGUGGCUCGUGGCGGACUACGUGGCGAGCGGCGCCUCCGUCAUGAACCUGCUGGUCAUCAGUUUGGAUCGGUACUUCUACGUGACGCGGCCGCUCAGCUACCCGGCGUGGCGGACGGGCGGCGCGGCCGGCGUGAUGAUCGCCACCGCCUGGCUGCUGCCCUUCGUCCUCUGGGCGCCCGCCAUCCUCAGCUGGCAGACGCUCGGCGGGAAGCGCGUGAUCCCCGACGGCGAGUGCCACAUCCAGCUGCUCGCCAGCCCCGCCGUCACCCUGGCGACGACGCUGCCUUCCUUCUACCUGCCGGCGUUCGUCAUGGUCGGCCUGUACGGGCGCCUGUCCGCCGGCAGCCGCGGCCGGCUGAGGACGGCCGGUCCGUCCGGGAAAGACUUCCUGUUGAAACGCCGGAGCGUGGCGACCGGCGACCCGGGCUCGGACCCGUCUCCGAACCAAUCGGACUGCGGCGCUCCGAAGCCGAGGAGGAACCGGAGGGCGUCGAGCGGCGCGGGCGACGCCUCGGAGCCUCAGCGGCGCCGCGCUCGGGCCGCCGCCGCCGAAGACGACAAGAUGGAAACGGACUCCUCGUCCAACGCCGACCUCCGCGGGAAGGCGGCGGCGGCGGCCUUCUCCUCCUGCCCCAGCUUCAGGUCUCAGGAGAGGCGCCGGCUUCGAGUGAUGGCGAGGGAGAGGAGGGUCACCAAGACCAUCCUGGCCAUCGUGCUGGCCUUCAUCCUCACCUGGACGCCGUACAACGUCAUGGCCGUGGUGGCGGCCUUCUGUCACGACUGCGUCCCGGGCGCCUUGUGGUCCGCGGGCUACUGGCUCUGCUACGUCAACAGCGCCGUCAACCCCGCCUGCUACGCCCUCUGUAACGAGACCUUCAGGAAGACCUUCUGCAGCCUGCUGCGCUGCCGGAGGCUGCGGUGA